UGCAACUGUAAAAAUGUGAGCUGAGCGAAUAUGAACUGUCACUAAGCAGCAGUUUUACAUCAAAAACAGUUAAAUGUGUAGACAUUUGAGAAUUUGCUAAGUAUACGUACACAUGUCAAGAGCGUGCACGACGUGUUGUUUAAACUAAUGCAAGGUUAUAUUUAUUUAUAACAGCAUGUGGAAUGGAUCCAGUGAAAGAGUGUUUGAGAGAUUUUACUAAAGAAGCACGAGAGCUUUAUCUAAAUGAAGAGGUGCCAUACCUGAACGAGCCCCUCUCUCCACUUCAGUUUUAUCGGGACUGGAUUGGUCCCAACAAGCCCUGCAUCAUUCGCAAUGCCUUUAAUGAUUGGCCCGCUUUGUCUAAAUGGAACCCUGCGUACCUCAGAGAGAAAGUGGGCACCAAAAUCAUCAGUGUGGCUGUCACUCCCAACGGAUACGCCGAUGCCGUUAACGGGAAUCGCUUUGUGAUGCCAGAGGAGCGUCAGAUGAGUUUUUCCUAUCUGCUGGAUAUCAUAGAAGGAAAAGUGAAGCGCGGUUGUGGUGUGUUUUAUGUUCAAAAGCAGUGCUCCAAUCUGACCGAAGAGAUACCAGAACUGACAGGAGACGUGCUGACUCACAUUCCCUGGAUGAGUGAAGCUCUCGGGAAACUGCCUGAUGCUGUAAAUUUCUGGUUAGGUGAAGAAAGUGCAAUAACAUCAAUGCAUAAGGAUCCGUAUGAGAAUUUGUACUGUGUGAUAUCUGGACAGAAAGAGUUUAUUUUACUUCCUCCCACUGAUAGACCUUUCAUACCUUAUGAGCUCUACCAGCAAGCAACAUACAGAGAAAAACAAGAUGGCACAUUUGAAAUAGUGGAUGAAGACGGUUCUGCCAAAGUGCCCUGGAUUCCUGUAGACCCUUUGAAUCCCGACUAUGAGCGAUAUCCCUCCUACAAGCUGGCUAAACCUCUGUACUGUACUGUUAAAGCAGGAGAGAUGCUGUAUCUUCCCUCUCUGUGGUUUCAUCAUGUGCGACAGUCACAUGGAUGUAUAGCAGUGAAUUUCUGGUACGACAUGGAAUAUGAUAUUAAGUAUAAUUACUUUCAACUUGUGGAGUCCUUGACGAAAGCAGUGGGAACGCUAUGACGCUGUAUCAUCGGAUUCAAAUGUGACCAUCUCAGGCUGAUACAAUAAUAACAGUUUUAAAGUGAAUAUGUGCCAGUAGAUUCUUUGUCAUGUGCAAAAAUACUACAGUAUACAGUGUUUUCAUGUAAUAAAUACAAUUUUAUUCAUUUCA